AUGACCCCACGUCCAUCAUCCCCAACCUCCUUACUAUGGGCACAUCAGAUCAAGCGCGAAAACGGCCACAUUCUCGAACGAAUUCGAAAAUUGGAGCACGACAAUGUCCAACAAGACCAACGACUGAAGGGAGCAGAGCAGGCCGCCAUGUCUCAGGCUAGCGAAGAUAUUGCUAAAAUUACCGAGCAAGUUAGUGCCAUCGACCCGGUAGCCAUCAAGCAGCAGCUGUCAGACAUCGAGAACGAUGUAGCGACUAGACUCGAGGACGUACAGGCUGAAAGCGAAGCGACAAUGCUGAAAAUGGCAAGUCUAGAGCAAGACGAAAUGCUGACCGAGCAGGCAAGAAGGAAGGCUGCCGACAGGGAGACAGCCUUACUCAAGCGCGUGGCAGAAGUAGAAGCAGGCCUGCAGAGGUAUCGAAGCUCACUCGAUCAAGUCGGGAGGCGAAUUGAUGAGCAUUCGAUUUCGAAAAUUGCAGAUCAGCUUGCUGGUCUAACGAAACAAGUGACGAAGGAAGGCUCGCAGAUGAAGUUGCUGGAAGAGAGCAUUGCUGCACUUGAGACUGCUAACAUCGAGCUGGUCAAGGCGAACGACGGACUUGCCGAGCAGAUCAAGGAGCUCUCAUUCCUGCCCAUAUCAGUGGUUGCCACUGCGCGUCCAGUCACCGGCUCGAAGAAGCGCGAGGUGGCAGAGACUGAUGCAAAUGCGGAGGACGGAUCUACCGCCGCUCAUCCACCUCGCAAGAGGCGAAAGAAGUCUCACAAGUGGUCUGGUGGUGGCGCUGACAAGGAUAUCAUUGAUCAGGCCGCUGCCAUGAUCAUCAAGCCCCCAGCCCGGCCGUUAGUAUCACCUCGGACCACCCUUGGGCAGCCUGCUGUGAAGCCUUCGGCCAAAGCUGUGAGAAAACCGCAGCUAGUGAGAAACAGCGAGCAGCCAACGUCGUUCAGCAAGAGGGCUGCACCAACUCCAAAACCCGAACCUCCUCCCAGGAAGAAACCUGGGCCGAAGCCGAAACCGAAGACAGCAAUCGCACCCGUCAUUGCUCCUCCAAUCGCACCAAAGAAGCCUGUUGCUGGUAAAGCUACAUCAAAGCCUGCAGCGAGCCCGGAACGCUUCUUCGAGGGCCAGGCCGACAAGCCUAUCUUGCGAGCAGGCAAGGGAUGGGUGGAAUAUGCGGUGACUCCAGAGCAGAGUGAGCGCGAAUCACAGGAGUUUAGUCAGAUCGUUGAUAUUACCAGUGGCAGACCACGCAGAUCGCUGCCGGCACAACGAGAUUCUAUGGCAGGUCCAGCGCCGCAGAAGCCUGAUCGCAGUGUCAGGAAGUCGGCUGGCGCUGCAAUCAAGCAGGAAACUACGGUCAGCGACGACACAGGUAUCUUGACCUCGCCAGGAGCUACAACGGCGCCUGUGUCCUUACUUCCACAGCAGCCAGCACGCCGGCGUGUGAUUCCGCAAAAGGACGACGGAUCACUACUUCAACAAUUCAGCGCAUGCUUCUUACCAUGA